GCCGCAGUCUCAGGAUCCAAACCGCCGCAGGCAAAGGCUGCCCCGUAAUGCUGACCACAAUGCAGAGUAGGUACGAGUCUGGCCAUGUACCUUACCGUUGAGUAUCAUGGCCCGCCUGCCUGCUCUAUAACGGGCGGUAGCGUUUCCUUGAUUGAUAUUCCUCAAUCCUUCGGCUGAGAAGGCACAUCCAUCAAAUACGUGAGAUUUGCUAUUCUGCCGCACUCUUUUGCACGACCAGUCACUCGUUUACGGAGUACCAAGUACACAUAUACACGGAUUGGGUAUCGUCAACGUUCAGUACAUCCAUAUCCUCCGUCUGCGCAUGUUGAUUCCUCGUGAAGAGUGACAUAUUCUCUACCAUUCAAUCCCCCAACGCCAUGGUGAGCGCCCUGGGCCAUGCAUGUGCGCUUGCAGCCCUGUGCUUUGCUCACCUUGGAGCGGGAUCUACUAUCACAGCUCCUCCCAAUGCUCUCGAGCCUCGGGCGACGCCGACAUCGACGAAUAUCGCUUGUGGUUGGGCUUCAAGCGCUUCCAAGUCUUACCUAUCGUCGCAUCCUUCAGCAACUGCUGCCGAAAUACCAGCAGACCUUGCAUACAAAUGCUUGAAAUCUGUGCCUAACUACCCAGAACCCGCCGUUUGCCUGAUCGACUCGUUGCGGACAUACCUUGAAUUUCAAAGUACCGUCGAAUACUUACAGGACCCGCCCUCAGGAUUCCUCUUUCCUGCGGUGGACCUGUACGGAGAAUUGGAUAAGAUAAAAGAGAAAGUCGCGGGUGGACAGUACGAAAGCGAGUAUGACAUGCAACUGGACAUCACGGCGUUGCUCAACGCAGCCCGUGAUGGUCAUUUAUCCUGGCAAGCUGAUCUGAUGGGGGCUUUCACUUUUCUGCGAGGUGGUGUCAGCAACCUAGGUCUGGUAUCCGUCUCUGCAGACGGCAUCGAGUCGCCGCAGGUGUAUCUUGCCAGUAUGCACUUCCCAAGAAAAUUACGCUUUGACAGACGGCGCUGACAGGUGACAGGUGACCUGGUUGCUAACAAUGCUGGGCUCACAAAAGUACAGCCGGUGACCGGUUUCACACCGUCGCCCGUGGAGAGCAUCGAUGGCAUGGACGUUGUCACUUUCCUGUUGAAGCAGUCGAUGGUCGGCCUAUCUCAGGACCCCGACGCGUUAUGGAACCAAAAUUUCUUCCAACUCGGCAAUCGUGGCACUCGUAACUUUGUGGCUCCGAAAUACUAUCCGGGACCCAUGACAAAUGUGACUUUCAGCAACGGGAGUACGCACCAGAUCACGAAUGUCGCACGAGUGAAUUUCCCUCUUGACGGCAUCUCGACUGGAGAAGAAGCUUACGCCGUGUUUUGUCCUAGAGCUUUGGCGUCGGCGUCAGCGAGUGCCACCGCGGCAGCCAGCAGUGCUGCCUGGUCAACAGCGAUACCAAGCUCGACUGAAUCACCCCCAAGCUCUCCAACCAUCCCUCUAUAUCCGUACCCUGCGAUCAAACACAGCGCCAACUCCGUGGCGGGAUACUACCUUAAUGACACCGGCUACACUGACGUUGCAGUUCUGCAAGUCCGAGAUUUCGAAGCCGCAGACGAAGACCCGUUGACCUACUCGAUGGAGUUCCAGGCCGUGGUCCAGAAGUUUCUUUAUGCCGCCGUGAAGACAGGCAAGAGGAAGCUCAUCAUUGAUCUUCAGGGCAAUCCAGGCGGCCAUGUCGAUCUUGGCACAGACCUAUUUGCGCAGCUCUUCCCCUCUAUCCCGCCGAACUCGAAGUCCAAUAUGCGUGACCACCUGGGCUUCUGGAUCCUGGGCAACGUAGCUUCGUCCAACGUCACCGCUGCAACCAAGACCCCCGACGGCGGCGAAGACGAACUCGUCUCCGAACUCACUUACAUGCCAUUAUCCUACCAGUCCGUCGUGACCGACGACCUAAAGGACUUUUCCGACUUCAACUCUUACUAUGGACCGAAUGAGCUUUACGGCGGCAACUUCUCGUCCUUUUUCCAGAAUAACUACACCGACGCCUCGGCCUCCGACUUUGAAGGCACUGGCAUCAUUGUCACGGGCACGAACAACCGCACCGAUUUCCGACAGCCCUUCGCCGCGCAGGACAUCGUGGUGAUAUACGACGGGUAUUGUGCCAGCACGUGCACCGUCGUGAGUGAGUAUCUGAAAUCGUUUGCGGGCGUGCAAUUCAUUGCGCUUGGCGGCCGGCCGCAGAGUGGGCCGAUGCAAGCCAUCGGCGGCGUCAAGGGCACGCAGGUGUUCCAAUUCGUACCGAAUUUGUACCAGUGGCUUGACCUCUGGGAGAGUCCAGAGAACAACCUGCUCGGCUUGGCGAACGGGACAAUUUGGGACAAUUUCACACUAGACCCGAUCUUGCGCAGUCAGGUUGUAGUCACGGGCGCUGGUACAGGCGGCAGCGUAAACGGCCGGAAUCACUUUCGUUUCGGGGACGAGAGCGAGACGCCGUUGCAGUUUGUAUAUGAGGCGGCGGACUGUCGGAUGUGGUGGACCAGGGAGAUGCUGUAUGACCCGGUGUUCUUGUGGGAAAGGGUCGCGAAUAUGGCCUUCACCGAGAGGAAGGGGACGCAGUUCAAUUCCAAGUAUUGCGUCCAGGGGAGUACUGGACAUCCGACUAGUAUCAGUGGCGCGUGGAGGAAUGGGACCUUGGGGCCGCAAGUGCCCCCUGCCAAUGCCAGUGCCAGCGUGGAGGGAUGGAAGUUGACGGGCAGGCCGCUGGGGCAGAAUGAUCAAGGACGUGUCAAUACAGGUGUGGGUGUGAGCGGGACGAGUUCGAACAUCAAGGUCGAGAAUAACGCGGUGGAAAGCCUGGCGGAUAGUCUGGGAUUGAGCAGUAUGAAGCAAGCUUGCGCGAACUACACGGGGGACAAGUGGCUUGUGAUACUUGUGUGUAAUGCGUUGGGUGUGAAGAUUGACUGAGGAAGGAUGAGAAAGGAGGAAAUAUGGGAAUGUGUUUUUUUUAGCGAGCGAGCAUUGCUGGCGUUUGGAUCGCGACAUUCUCUUCUGGUAGCUCGGCUGGAGGAAUCUGAAGGCGGAUAUCUUCACUGGAAAGGUGGUAUAUUAAUAAAAGCAUUCAAUACUCC